AUUUGUUCUCCUCCGGUUUUUGUAAUUAAUUACAGCAUGUUUGGUUAAAGAUAAUGGCUAUGCCAUUACCUACCUAUUACAAGCUUCUUCUGCUUCCCACUUAAACAGUGGUUUGGUUGAAGAGAAUACCCUAUUACGGGUGUAUUCCAUUCCGGCCUUAAGCAGAAAAAUUUGAGGAUUUCAAUUCCCUUCCCUCUUCACCGUUUACCCAUUCCGUCCCAAAUCAACCCUAUUUUACCCUCACAAAUUCUCACCUCAAAAACACUCAACGGCAACCAUUUCUUGCUUCCUCCGACUUCGGCAUUCCUCCCCUUCAUCCAGGGUCAGGUGAACAUUUUUUGGCUAUCGCCAUCUUCAUCUUCAUCUUUCUUCUAGUUGAACCUCCUUAUUUACAUCUCCCAAAUCACUCUACUCCGAUUUGCUCUUCUUUCGCCAAACAAACGCGAGAUUUGUAGAUUUAUUUCUCGUCUAUCUGCCUCUGAAUCAAUGGGAUAAUGAUAAAUUUUGCAAUCAUUAUGGACCUGGGCAACUAGAUACAAGAAGUUAUGGUGAGCAAUAUGCUAGUAAAGAGAAGAUGCAAACCUUGCUUUGCUUCCUGAGCAGACACCUUUCUACAAAGAUCUGCUAUCUUUCAUUUGAAUUUUGUAUUAUCUCAUCCUAGUCAUGUGGAUUGGGAAAUGUAGCAUUGACAAAUGUUACAGGCUGCUGUGGCUGUUCAAGCAGGUGUAUGCGUGGACAUUUUUGCUGUUACAAAUGAGUAUACAGAUUUGGCAUCUCUUAAAUUUAUUAGCAUAGAAAGUGGUGGCUCUUUGUUCUUAUAUGCAAAUACAGAUGAUUCAACACUUCCUCAGGACAUGUACCGAAUGCCAAGUCGACCAUAUGCUUUUACUUGCGUACUAAGAUUGAGGACAUCUACUGAAUUCAAGCCUGGCCAUUCUUAUGGUCACUUCUUCCCAGAUCCUCAAUAUGAAAAUGUUCAGCACAUCAUUUGUUGUGAUUUUUUUGCAACAUAUGCUUAUGAUUUUGAUUUCGCUAAUAAUGUUGGAUUUUACAGAUAUUAAUUACUCAUUACAAUUUCGUUCUUUGGCUGCCACAGUCAAUAUUACUAGUCUUUUUUAUUGUUGAAUCUGAUGGACAUACAUUCUGGACUAUUUUGCUCUAGAAUGCAGGGACUUCAUCUGGCAUAGAAUCUUAUAGCUUAGUAUUCUACUUUCUUUGAGUUCUCUUGAUUCAAUAAAAUCUAUUCAUUAUGCUCAGAUUUGUAAUAUGUAAAUUGUUAGAUUAUACAAUGUUAUUAUGAUUAUUUUGUUUUUUCUCAUUGUA